UUCUUUGUUUGUGAGUAGUGUGUAGCUGUAACUAUGUUUUUGUAUAUUAUACUUAUUUCUUCAUUUACUUUCGUUUGCUGCAAGAAAAGUGUGGAAGACAACAAGUACACAGACUUGAGAAGUACAUUUACUUAUGUAGACAAGACUCCCUUAAUUUACGAAAUGCUUAGACAUAAAUAUGUAUUUUUGAGUGUUCCGAGUAAAUUUGGCAAAACUUCAAACUUGGACAUGAUAAACCUGUUUUUAGGCCGCCACCACUCGAAGCAAGAUGUUGAACACUAUUUCGUGUUCACGAAGAUUUGGGAAAGUCCAGAAGUCGUCGAAGCUCAUAUGGGAAAGCAUCCGGUGGUACAGUUCUGUUUGAAGCUGAGUGGAUACUCAAAAGACUUCGAGCAUACUUUGUCAGCAUUUCAGGUCGCCCUGUACAACGCUUUCAGUGACCACGUUCAUCUGUUGGAGAGCAAGAAACUAACUGAUGAACAAAUGCGGUUGAUGAAGUUGUACACCGACUACACGAAAUGCAGACAGAUGGGCACUGAAAUGGUGGCAAAGGGAGUUAGUGUCCUUGUAGAAGUCUUACACAAGUUCCAUUCUAAGCCAGUGGUUUUGCUAGCUGACGAUUUCGGCGCGGGGAUCACAGACGGUAUUCUACAAAACCAUGUCGACCUGAUGCAGAUUGUGGAGUUUUACUCGUCUUUCCUCAAUCACACUUUUGCUAACCAAAGUCUCAUUUCUCACGCGUUGUUCACUGCUGAGAAUCGUCUCCGUGGUGUAGCAGGGGAUAAACUCUUGGACCGGGUGGGUUUCAUGGAGAAGCUCGAAUGGAGUCGCUUUUUUGGAUUCACCUACGCUGAAGCGGAACAUCUCUUGGAUAAGAACGUCAAGAACGUGACUCUGAAACAGAAAAAGGAAGUGAUGAAAUGGUACUGUGGGUAUUCAUCGUACGACGGAGCGUUUAAAAUUUGCAAUCCGUACUCAAUUAUCGAAUAUAUAGCUCGUAAAGAAGAAAAGGCACAUUGGUCAGGGUCUGCUCUUAGCUAUGGAUUGCUUCGUACGAUGUCUAAAGAAGAAACAUUAAAGGAGAAGCUUCACGAGCUAUACUGGAGAAGAACGGUUGACAUGAAAGUGCCAGAUGUCAAUAAGACUUUAGAUCUUUCAGUAUUGGCUAAGGAGGUUUCUGAAACACCUGACAAAUGUGUGGAUUUUCUUGUGGAAACUCUUCUUGAGGCUGGUUUUGUAACUCCGGCAGACGAACAGGAACGUCCGAGAAAUGUGAUUUUAAAGUUUCCUAAUGAGGAAGUGAGGGCUGUUGUACUUAAGCUUAUUGAAUAAACUAAAAGUAAGUUUACGUUUAAAUAUACAUAGC